GGGCCGCGGCAGCUGCGUCCCCAUGAGGAGGGGAGGAAGAUGCCGGCUGAGCUGCUGCUGCUGCUGAUUGUUGCCUUCGCCAGCCCCAGCUGCCAGGUGCUCUCAUCACUGCGCAUGGCUGCAAUCCUGGAUGACCAGACAGUGUGUGGCCGCGGUGAGCGUCUGGCCUUGGCCCUAGCCCGGGAGCAGAUCAACGGGAUCAUCGAGGUCCCAGCCAAGGCCCGCGUGGAAGUAGACAUCUUUGAGCUGCAGCGGGACAGCCAGUACGAGACCACGGACACCAUGUGUCAGAUCCUGCCCAAGGGGGUCGUGUCUGUCCUGGGGCCCUCCUCCAGCCCAGCAUCUGCCUCCACCGUGAGCCAUAUCUGUGGGGAGAAGGAGAUCCCCCACAUCAAGGUGGGUCCCGAGGAGACGCCCCGCCUUCAGUACCUUCGCUUCGCGUCUGUCAGCUUGUACCCCAGUAACGAGGACGUCAGCCUGGCGGUCUCCCGAAUCCUCAAGUCCUUCAACUACCCCUCGGCUAGCCUCAUCUGCGCCAAGGCUGAGUGCCUACUGCGAUUGGAGGAACUGGUGCGUGGCUUCCUCAUCUCCAAGGAGACGCUGUCGGUGAGGAUGCUGGAUGAUAGCCAGGACCCCACGCCACUGCUUAAGGAGAUCCGAGACGACAAGGUGUCCACCAUCAUCAUCGACGCCAAUGCGUCCAUCUCCCACCUCAUCCUCCGUAAGGCCUCAGAGCUGGGAAUGACCUCGGCGUUUUACAAGUACAUCCUCACCACCAUGGACUUCCCUAUCCUGCAUCUAGACGGUAUCGUGGAGGACUCCUCCAACAUCCUGGGCUUCUCCAUGUUCAACACCUCCCACCCUUUCUACCCUGAGUUUGUGCGCAGCCUCAACAUGUCCUGGAGGGAGAACUGUGAAGCCAGCACCUACCCGGGCCCCGCGCUGUCGGCCGCCCUGAUGUUUGACGCCGUGCACGUAGUGGUGAGCGCCGUCCGGGAGCUGAACCGCAGCCAGGAGAUCGGCGUGAAGCCGCUGGCCUGCACGUCGGCCAACAUCUGGCCCCACGGGACCAGCCUCAUGAACUACCUGCGCAUGGUAGAGUAUGAUGGGCUGACCGGGCGGGUCGAGUUCAACAGCAAAGGGCAGAGGACCAACUACACCCUGCGCAUCCUAGAGAAGUCCCGGCAGGGCCACCGUGAGAUUGGGGUGUGGUACUCUAACCGGACCCUGGCCAUGAAUGCCACUACCCUGGACAUCAACCUGUCACAGACGCUGGCCAACAAGACCCUGGUGGUCACGACCAUCCUGGAGAACCCGUACGUCAUGCGCCGGCCCAACUUCCAGGCCCUGUCGGGGAACGAGCGCUUUGAGGGCUUCUGCGUGGACAUGCUGCGGGAGCUGGCCGAGCUGCUGCGCUUCCGCUACCGCCUGCGCUUGGUGGAGGACGGGCUGUACGGGGCACCUGAGCCCAACGGCUCCUGGACGGGCAUGGUUGGCGAGCUCAUCAACCGGAAGGCAGACCUGGCUGUGGCAGCGUUCACCAUCACAGCAGAGCGGGAGAAGGUCAUCGACUUUUCCAAACCCUUCAUGACCCUGGGGAUCAGCAUCCUCUACCGAGUGCACAUGGGCCGCAAGCCUGGCUACUUCUCCUUCCUGGACCCCUUCUCCCCUGCUGUGUGGCUCUUUAUGCUUCUCGCCUACCUGGCUGUCAGCUGCGUCCUAUUUCUGGCCGCCAGGCUGAGUCCCUACGAGUGGUAUAACCCGCACCCGUGCCUGCGGGCGCGCCCCCACAUCCUGGAGAAUCAGUACACACUGGGCAACAGCCUCUGGUUUCCCGUGGGGGGCUUCAUGCAGCAGGGCUCAGAGAUCAUGCCCCGGGCACUGUCCACGCGCUGCGUCAGCGGAGUCUGGUGGGCCUUCACCUUGAUCAUCAUCUCCUCCUACACGGCCAACCUGGCCGCCUUCCUCACCGUGCAGCGCAUGGAGGUGCCCGUGGAGUCGGCCGAUGACCUGGCGGAUCAGACCAACAUUGAGUACGGCACCAUCCACGCUGGCUCCACCAUGACCUUCUUCCAGAAUUCUCGGUACCAGACGUACCAGCGUAUGUGGAACUACAUGCAGUCGAAGCAGCCCAGUGUGUUUGUCAAGAGCACGGAAGAGGGCAUUGCCCGCGUCCUCAACUCCCGCUACGCCUUCCUGCUCGAGUCCACCAUGAACGAGUACCACCGGCGCCUCAACUGCAACCUCACGCAGAUCGGGGGCCUCCUCGACACCAAGGGCUACGGCAUCGGCAUGCCUCUGGGCUCCCCGUUCCGGGACGAGAUCACGCUGGCCAUCCUGCAGCUCCAGGAGAACAACCGGCUGGAGAUCCUGAAACGCAAGUGGUGGGAGGGCGGCCGGUGCCCCAAGGAGGAGGACCAUCGAGCUAAAGGUUUGGGCAUGGAGAACAUUGGUGGCAUUUUCGUCGUGCUCAUCUGUGGCCUCAUCAUUGCUGUCUUUGUGGCGGUCAUGGAGUUCAUAUGGUCCACGCGGCGGUCAGCGGAGUCCGAAGAGGUGUCGGUGUGCCAGGAGAUGCUGCAGGAGCUGCGCCACGCCGUGUCUUGCCGCAAGACGUCGCGUUCCCGCCGGCGCCGGCGCCCGGGCGGCCCGAGCCGAGCCCUGCUGUCGCUGCGCGCCGUCCGCGAGAUGCGCCUCAGCAACGGCAAGCUGUACUCGGCCGGCGCGGGCGGGGACGCGGGCGGCGCGCACGGGGGCCCGCAGCGCCUCCUGGACGACCCGGGGCCGCCCGGCGGGUCCCGGCCCCCCGCCCCGACCCCCUGCACCCACGUGCGCGUCUGCCAGGAGUGCCGGCGCAUCCAGGCGCUGCGGGCCUCGGGAGCCGGCGCGCCCCCGCGUGGCCUGGGCGCCCCCGCCGAGGCCACCAGCCCGCCCCGGCCGCGGCCCGUCCCCGCCGGCCCCCGCGAGCUGGCCGAGCACGAGUGA